CUCGUCUCUCAGUCUGCGGCCAGAUCCGCUCCCGAGCACAGCAGCUGCAUUCGAGCGCACACCCACAACACACCGGCCACGCCACUUCACCGUCAAAGACAUUGACCUGCCCAGACCUGCCCUUCUCGGCGCGGCGAAAGUAAUCAAGAGAGAACAGCCGGGGUGCGAUUGAAGACGCCAAUAAGGAAAACAAGCCCUUGACCCCGCAGACGCCGGAGCUGCUUGCCAAACCCACCCACGCCAGACACUUUCACCGAGCUCUAAUUGCCACUGCUGACUCUAAUAUUCACUUGAAAGACGAGCCGCUUCGGCUGAGAGCGCCUGGUGCGACCAUGGCAACUACAGCCAUCUCUCAUCACUGACCCUUAUCGGACAAAUUCUUGAGCCAUGGACGUGGACGCAGGAGGUGGGCCGGUGUGCCUGGACACCAAUGACAGCAACUGCUACAACAUGUCCGACCGCAUGCACUUCAUGGACAACGAGACCGGCAUGAUGUGCGCCAGCCUCGAUCAGCCGCUGCUCACCCUGAUGACACAAAUCAUCUUUGCCCUGGUCUGCGUCGUCGGUCUGCUGGGCAACACGCUGGUCAUUUACGUGGUGGUGCGCUUCAGCAAAAUGCAGACAGUGACCAACAUGUACAUCGUUAACCUGGCGGUGGCCGACGAGUGCUUCUUGAUCGGCAUCCCCUUUCUAAUCGCGACCAUCUCGCUCGAGUCGUGGCCCUUUGGCAUGACCAUGUGCAAAUUGUACAUGACCUCGACCAGCAUCAACCAGUUCACCAGCAGCAUCUUUCUUACCAUCAUGAGUGCUGACCGCUAUGUGGCCGUCUGCCACCCCAUUUCGUCUCCAAAAAUACGCACCCCCUUUGUCUCAAAGGUGGUUUCCCUGACGGCUUGGUCGGCCAGCGCCCUUCUCAUGGUACCCAUUUUCAUGUACGCCAACACCGUGGAGAAGAACUCGACGAGCUGCAACAUUUUGUGGCCAGAAACAGAGACCUUGGGCGGACAGACGGCUUUCACCCUCUACAGUUUCAUUCUAGGCUUCGCCAUUCCGCUGGUGCUGAUUUUUUGCUUCUACUUCUUGGUCAUCCGGAAACUGCAGACGGUAGGUCCGAAGCACAAGAGCCGCGAAAAGAAGAAGUCGCACCGCAAGGUGACCAAGUUGGUGCUGACCGUGAUCACGGUCUACGUCUUCUGCUGGCUGCCCUACUGGAUCACUCAGAUGGCGCUCAUUUUCACGCCGCCGCACCAGUGCCAGUCGAAGGUGACCAUCACCAUCUUCCUGCUGGCCGGCUGCCUCAGCUACUCCAACUCGGCCAUGAAUCCUAUUCUCUACGCUUUCCUCUCAGACAACUUCAAGAAAAGUUUUCUCAAGGCCUGCACCUGCGCAACUGGUAGGGACGUCAACGCCACUCUGCACAUGGAGAACAGCGUGUUCCCGCGCAGGAACAAGGCCAAUGCUGAGCGAAAUCGCAACAAUGCGCACCAGUUCAAUCUCGGGCCACCAACGACCACCGCAAUCGAGGGCGCCACAAGCGCCGGACCCAUCCGCGAGACCUCAACCACGGCUCUGACCAUGACCUCCAGGUCCAACGCCAGCGAACCAACUCAGAUCAACACUCCUGUCAUCGAGAACAACGGCGCCGCCACCAAUGGUAACGGAGCUUUAAUCCCGGCCACUGAGGUUUAAGCUGCGUGUCCGUCGCUGCUUCCCAGUUCGCCCCAAAUGGCCAGGGCUCUUUCCCUCAAUCUGUCUCUCUUUAUCUCUAUAGCAACUCUCUCAUUCCCUUCGUUGUUUGGAUUUUGAAAGAGCCAUCGUUGAGCCUGGAUGCUUUUUCCAUAACCAAACACGCGCUUCUCUCUCACUGCUGUAAUAAAGUGUAAUAAUUUUUUAUUGAAAGUCUGAUUUCACUGCUGUUCAGGCGCACUUUUAUUGAUCUCGUUUGUGUCCUAUGGCUCCCACGGUAAUUGAGUUUCCGGCAUUUUAUCUGCAAAAAUCAUAGCUCGGGCAAAAAUCCAGAUUCUCUUUGUGCACUGUAUGUACCAUGUGAAAUUUUUCCCAUAUUUUUUGAGCCGUGCAAAUAUUGAAUUUUUACGAGUCCAACGGAGAAAUAUUGUUUCACGAACCAUAAACCAGAUCAAGUGUAAUAAAUGUUGGCCAAAAAUGUUUAAAUACACUUAUGUAUUUGUAGAUGGUUAAAUAAAUUGUAUAAUAUUCUAUUUCUUAUGUUAUGAUGAGUAAUUUUGAAGCAGGGUAUGAUCAUUAGGUUCUUGAGGGUAUUUGCGAUUUUAUCUUUAGAGUUUAAUUGCUGUCUCGUGACAAUGUAGAAGUAUAAUUGAAGCAUUACAAAUUACAACCACCAAUGAUCGAUGAAAAGACUGUGAAAAAUUGUAAAAUAUAAUAUACUUAAAUGUAAAUAAUAUUCAUAAGAGAUGCCAGGAAAAUACUACAAGAUUUUGUUUAUAAUUUGUAAGUGUGGAAUGCUUGGAUAAACUUGAAUAAUUAAAAACUACUCCCUUAUGCAUAGGUUCUUCUAAAUUUUGUGUUGAUUUUGUUUAUUUAGAUAAGCAUAUAAACUGUCUCACGCUCUUUAUUUUGCAUGAAAAGCGAUUGCAUGAAAAAUGAAUAGGAAUGAAUUGUGCUCCAGCGUAGACACAAUUUAUUUUAUAGCAAAGUGAAAAUUUCAUUUUCAGUUUUGUUCAUAAAAGUGUAAUAUGUUUUCAUUUACGCAGAUCGGCUUCUGUUUUAUUGUCCUCAAUAAAUCUAUGUACAACUAAAAUUUUACUUCCUCAGAAAGUAAGAUAAAAAUUCCAUAUCCAUUUAAAAAAAAGAUAUAUUUCUGUGUGCUAUCUCAAGAAACCGUUUCUUCCUUUGGUGGAAAGGUGAAAUGUCGCUUUUUGUUUACUUGUCAAACGCAACACAUAAAUGUCAUAAAUUAUCUGAAAGCUGGCAUACUUGUUUUGAAAGGACGUUAUUUGUCAUUUGAUGUGAUUCUAGUGUGAGUGGGUGGCGCUUGGCAUGCUCAAUAUUGUACAUUACUUGUGAAUGGAGAAACAUCUUUUAGAGGAAUGCUGUCUGUAAAUUAAAUUACAUAUAAAUUUUUUAUGGAAUUCGCUCAAACAGCAGAUUUUCCAGGAACGUUUUUGGAGGACAACUGGAAUUUUUUCUUUAGCCAGAGGUCAAAUAAUUAUUAAUGUCGCUACGGAAUAAUCGUCUCUUGUCGUCUGAAUGUAAUAAAAGCGGCUUAAUUUUCAAUUGCUUACACAACUCUCUUUUGUUGGUAUAAGAGAGGUUCAAAGGAAUAUACAGGAAAAAAACUAAUUGUCUAUUUGUGUCAUAAAUACUUAAAUCACUUACUAGAAUUUAAAGUCACUUAAAUCGUAUAAUACACUUACAACAUUCCCCUGGUCUAAUCAGACUUUCUCACGAUUAUUUUCCUAACAUCAAUUUUCAUCACUAAAAUCCUUGGUGCCAAAAAUUAAAGAGUCGAAUUUCUUGUAUAAUAUAGGAGUUAGCACAUUAAAUUGUCUAUCAAACAUAUCUUUCCUAUUUGCUGUAACUGUUGAAUUCAAAAGAUUUUAACGUCGUUAGUUCAGCAGCAGAAAAAAAAUCAUGUUAGUACGCUAACCAUGUAUAUCGCCCUCCGUUUUGGCUUUUUAGCUUUGUAGAUAAAUAAAAUCACGUAUUUGUAUUAUGUCUUAAAAAAAUAUUUGGACAUGAGAGUAAA